GCCAUCUGGAUUUAUAUGUCAUUCAUAGUGUCAUUCAAACGUUAUAACCUCACAUCAGUAAUGAGUCAACAACCAAAGAAGAAACAGCCUUGUCGUAUUUUCUAUCAAUUAGAACAAUUCAGUGGAUUUGUCUAUCCAAACUUUAUUAAAAAUAUUUUAAUCAGUUCGGCUUAUGACUGUGGACCUGCGAUAGCAACAAUUGACGAAAAUGCAAUCAUAAAUAUUGAAAGUGAAGUAAACAGAAAAAUUCAACGUGCCAGACCGAAUGUGUUACAUGAAAUUGCAAAUACGAUGAAGUAAAAUCCAGAAUUAUUUCUGUAAUCGUCUAAUUUUCCUGACCUAACCUCUAAAAAAGAAGGAAACUAUCGUGCACGAUCUAUACCACGAUGUAUUUCAUAGUAUUCAUUAUUCAGACGAAGGAACACGUGAUCGUUCCACAUUCAUGGAUAAAAGAAAUAAAUGCACAUGCAGAAAAUUUCAUUAAUUACGGGAUUCAUUCAAAUCGCAAGUUUAUGGUUUUUUGGACUGACAAACAAGAGGCUUUCCGUGAUGGACAUCCAUUGAGCAGUUAUGAACCGAAUGUUCUUGCCAGUACAUCAAGCGUUUUCCCAAAUGAAGGCUGGUAUGCUUGUUACAUAAAACGAUUCCAACUAAAUUGGACGGCUGCUUUGGCAUAUAAAAUACGGCGUCGAAAUAUUCCUCCAGCAAUAUAUAAUCCAUCGAGGAGAAUACCCGUGCACACUGAUUUGCGAUCUACUUUGACAUUAGAUCCUCGAUUAGAUCUAAUUGAUUCACUCACACAGCCGGCUAUACAGCUACCUAUACAGCUACCUGCAUUGCUACCUGCUCAGCCUAGUGCACAGGCAACAAUUCAGCUACCUUUGCAGCUACCUGAUCAGCUAACUGUACAGCCUCCUGUAGAGUCAAAUGUUGUCGCUUCAUCUGCAGCACAAGAAACAUCUGACGACGAUGCCAUCAGUUUAUCGGCUCCAUCAGAUUUUGACAUGAACACUGAUAUGGACAAUUGCGUGAGUGGUCAAGAUCUUCUGAAACCGGAACCAGAACCUGUAUUCAGUUCUUAUGGUGAAAAUGAGCAAGAAAUUCAACAGCUUUUUGAAACAAGUUCACAGCGCAUUCUAGGGCGCAUCGGAAGCCUCGAUCAAGAUUUCGUUUCAGAAAAUGCUACAAUCAAUGAUCCCGAAAACGAUGGUGCUAUUAGUGAUUCUGGCAACGAGGACGAUUGGAUUUUGAUGGGAAGAGACGUUCCCUCCCACUACCAUCUACUAUCGAAGGUCUUGUGAAACAUGAAAACGAUCCGAUUUCAGGCGACAUACCGUUCAUUACUACGAAAAAUGGACGCGUAUAUAAGAUUGGAGGUCGCUUGAUUGAAAUACAUAGUGAUGUCAUUAAUCAAUUGCAGUCAUGGAACGUACAUCCACAUAUACACGACGUGACACUUGACUUCACAUUUGCUUUGGCCAUUUUAUUGUCGUUGGUUCCUCCUGCAGACAUUUCAACCGGUGAAAUAUACCACGAAGGGAUGGUUUUUGCACUUGAUUUGUUACGCAUUCGAACAAAUGGCGAUGAAAAAAGAAUGAACGACGUUGAAGGUUUGAUUCAUGAGUACUACAACGAAAGAUAUAGCCAAGAGCCUCGCCCAGGGACUAGCAAAGAUGCCAGCUAGGAUGUCAGCGCCUAGGUCAGCGCACUAAUGUAGACAGUUCCAUGGGCAGUGCUUCACUCAGCUUAAAGCAUAGAAUUCAACUUAUUGCGUUAGUCACGUUCUAUGCCACCACCAAAAAAUGUGUCUUUUUUAUCUCAAAUUUAAAAUGUGUCCAAAUUGUGUUUUGAAGAUAGUACAAAAUUAGACAUAAAAAUAACUGGAAAAAAUACUCUAAGAAAAAUUCAAACACAAUUAUCGUGGACCAAUUCACCAAUAGUCUAAACAAUAGAUUAGUCAAUAGAAAUUGAACUUGAUUGAAUAAUUUAGUAAAUUGAAUUACUAAACCAAGGAAAUGCCAGAAGAAACAGUAAAAGAAAUUAUAAAUGAACUAGAACAAAUGUGAUUUUCCAGGUGAUUUUUUUCUAAUGGUUAGAAAGAUUUUUACGUUUUACACAAGAUAGGCUAUAGUACAGAUUAAAGUGCAAAAUAUACAAUGCUAGAUACAAUGACUCGGGUAAUACCCUUCUGAAUGCUCUGUUUACAAGCAUUUUAUUAUAUUUUUUUGUAGGCUUUUGUGCUAGUUUUAUGUGUGUGUGCACCAAGUUUUAUUAUAAGACCAAGGAACAAUAAAACGUCAUUUUUCGUCAACAAUUUAGUAGAUAAAAAUAUUCAAAAACAGUUCCUCCAACAUUUGCGAUAGGUAUUCAUUCAUUUAUACUGAUUUAAAG